UUCUCUCUCUCUCCCAAAUAGCUUCUCUUUCUCAUGUUUAUUAUUUUCUCAUUUUCCCUCUUCCUUCCUGCUCCUUCAUGCUCCUGAUUUGUGCAUCCACAGCGUAAAAUAUAAUAUUGCGUAAUCUUAUUGAGGAAACUAGGAAUAUAACAAGAAUAAAGUUGCAAGCUUGGUACUCUUAUUCUGUGUGUGAUUUCUCAGAGCGAACCGAAGUCUUCUCUUUCGCACCUUUCAAUCGCAAUCCGAUGGAAGAAGAAUCUAGGGUUUGAUAGUACCAAGUCCAUCAAGGUUUCUGCCCCCCCUGGCUUUGGAGAACUGCGUUUUUACUUUGAUCUUUCUAACUGUUAGAUUUAGCUAGAAGCUAGCAUGGAGGAGGUUGAAGAAGCAAACAGAGCAGCUGUUGAAAGGUGCCACAGAGUUCUGAGUUUGCUGUCUCAGCGCCAGGAUCAGGUUCCUUAUGCCAAUUUAAUGGUGGAAACUGGCGAGGCUGUAUCCAGAUUCAAGAAAGUUGUUUCCUUGCUCAACAAAGGUUUGGGUCAUGCAAGAGUCAGGAAGCUCAAAAAACUUCAAAUCCCUUUCCCUCAAAGUAUUCUCUUGGACAAUCCAAAUUCCAAAUCAAACCACUGUCCCAAAAAUCUGCUGUCUCUGCAACCUUGCUCUUCUGACAAUUCAAUUCAGGAGUUGGGCUCGAACAUUGGAAACUCUCUGUCUCUGGGAAACCCAUCUUUGGAAUUGGGUUCAAGUGGUAAAAAUCCCCUACACCUUAACCCUCCAGUGUCAUCGCAGCACUAUAACUUGCUUCAGCAGCAGCAGGAGCAGCAAAGAAUAUUGCUACAACAGCAACAAAAGAAGCACCAAGCAGAAAUGAUGUUUCGAAAGAACAAUAGUGGAAUCAAUCUGAAUUUUGAUAGCUCUAGCUGCACACUAACGAUGUCAUCUACUAGGUCUUUCAUUUCUUCCUUGAGCAUAGAUGGAAGCGUUGCUAAUAUGGAUGGGAGUGCCUUCCAUUUAAUAGGAGCUCCACACUCUUCAGAUCAGAAUUCACAACACCACAAGAGAAAGUGUUCUGGCAAAGAUGAGGGCAGUGUGAAAUGUUGGAGCAGUACUAGAUGCCAUUGCUCAAAGAAGAGAAAGCAUAGAGUGAAGAGGUCAAUCAAGGUGCCUGCCAUUAGCAACAAGCUUGCUGAUAUACCCCCUGAUGAUUAUUCAUGGAGAAAAUAUGGGCAGAAGCCAAUCAAAGGCUCUCCUCAUCCUAGAGGAUACUACAAGUGCAGCAGCAUGAGAGGGUGCCCUGCUAGGAAGCAUGUGGAGAGGUGCUUAGAAGACGCUUCAAUGCUAAUUGUUACAUAUGAAGGUGAGCACAACCACCCUAGAAUAUCAGCACAAUCUGCAAAUCCAUGAUUCAGGCUGGAUCGUGUUGGUGCUGUACAUAAUCGUAACUUGUAAGUGGUGCAAGCAUGGAUUUGGGAGGUUUGGCUGAAUGAGCCAUCUAGCUAGAAAGCGAAGAUAAGCAGUGUCCAGAAGGCAGAUUGCUGUAAAAUGGGUAGUUUCAAAUGGUAAGAAUUAUGUCGUUUAUCACUAGCAUGUUAUGAACAAUUUAGGGGAUUCGGAUUCUACAUGAAUGAAAUGCCUUUAAAAAAAAAAAGGUGAUAUUUUGCCUUGGUGACCACGAAGAUCUAGGAAUUUGAUUGUGAGGGAAUAUCUCUAGUCCAACAUAUAUGCAUCAAAGAAGGCGUCUGCUGGUGAGUAUUCUGUAUUCGAUUCCUUCCAGGUGUACUCUACUUUUGCAGAAGAGUAGUUUAAUAUAACAGUUUUUCACGCAA